UGUUAUAGUAGAAAAUAUAUGACAGUCUGACGUGUAUCUUUAGAAAUAUCUUACAUUAUCUUAUUUACCAUUUCAUUCUGCAUUUAAUCAUUGAGAAAAUUUCAAAUUAAAAUAAUUGUGCGUUAAAAAAAAAUAAAUAAAUAAAAUGGCUUCAACAUUAAAUACAUUUAUAAAUUCAUUAAAUAACAGACUGGAAGAACCAGUUCGACAACACUUAAAAAAUGUCUACGCUUGUUUAACAAUGUCUACAUUGACGGCUUCUCUUGGAGCAUUUGUUCACAUAUACACAGAUCUAAUGGCAGCCGGAUUUUUAACAGCCUUGGGAGCAAUUGCAUUGUUUAUUUUAUUAACAGCAACACCAGAUAAUGGCAAAAACAGUCAAAUUCGUAUGUUAUAUUUGUUUGGUUUCACAUUCCUUUCUGGACUUGGAUUAGGACCAUUAUUGGAACAUGUUAUUAUGGUUGAUCCAGCUAUUAUUAUCACCGCAUUCUUAGGCACUACCAUUGUUUUUGUUUCAUUUUCGUUGUGUGCGUUGUUAGCUGAACGUGGACGUUGGUUAUAUUUGGGUGGAACUUUGAUGACAUUCUUGUCAUCUUUAAUGAUCAUGUCAAUUGCGAAUAUUUUCUUUAGAUCCGCAUUAUUGUUCCAAGCACAUUUAUAUCUAGGCCUAUUCUUGAUGUGUGGAUUUGUGUUAUACGAUACGCAAAUUAUCAUCGAAAAACGUCGUGCUGGUAGCAAAGAUUUUGUUAGUCAUUCGUUGGAUUUGUUCAUUGAUUUCAUUGGAAUAUUCCGUCGUUUGGUGGUUAUUUUAACACAGAAGGAACAAAGUAAUCAACAACGUAGCCGCAAGAGUCAAUAAUUAAUUUUUGUUGAACAACAUUUCUUUUUUGAAUACCUUAAAUAAUUUUUUAUUAUCUCAAUAUAUAUUAUGUAUUUUAGAUAUUAGAUUUAAGAUUGAAUGUUGUGGCAAAUUAUCAGUAAGGUUAAGUUAUUGUUGUGAUUCAUUUAUUUUUCAAAAUAAAUUUUUAAAAUUA